CUGCUUCACGUGUCGUUACCAUUCCUGAUCUGCGUUGCUUUGGCCAACACGAACCUGUUCAGCCAUGUCGAGGUGGACCUGGACUACGACCAUUACGCCGAGAAGAUAGUGGAUUCCUUGCCUGCUUUCGUGGCAAUGCCCUUUAACUCCGUGGUAAACUUGGGCUACGUGUUUCUCGGGCUGUUCUGGCUGCGGCGGAAGAGCCGUGUCGGGGAAACCGACGAGAGUCGCUACAUGAGAGAGGUGUUCGCCCUCAUGGCUCUCUUUUACGCCCCUGUCCAGUGGACUCGUCUGGCGACCCUGCGGCGCCCCCCCGCCGUGCUGGACCAGUGGUUCACCCUGCCUAUCUUCGCGUGGGUUCCCGCGUGGAUAGACUUCAUAGAGCGUCUGCCGGCGAAGUGGCGCGGGUCGCACGCGGCGGCGCUCGAGCUGUGCUCCGUCCUCAGCUACGGCCUCGCGCUGGCGCACGAGCGAGGCUUCGAGCUGGCGCUGGCUCUGCACGUGGCUUUGGCCGUGUACAAGGGAGUGCGCGUGCAGCUGACGCACGGCGACGGCCGCACGCGGAGGCACCUCCUGCUGGCCGUGCUGUCGUGCGCGGGCUUCGUGGCGCUGAAGCUGCUGGACCACUGGCUCGCCCGGUUCUGGCUUUUCCAGCGACUCACCGGACACUUCUGGUCCAAAGUGUGCGACGUGCUGCAGUUCCACUUCAGCUUCCGUUUCCUCACAACCAUGACACACAGGGCACAGGCAAAGACUGCAGCCCAGCAGGAAUAA